CAAUAUGAAAUAAAAAUGCUUUUAGAGGGGUCUCUUUUUCGUGGCGCCUUGGAGGCUGUCGGCCACUUCAGAAUGAAGCUGAACAUCUCUUUCCCGGCCACUGGCUGCCAGAAGCUCAUUGAAGUGGACGAUGAACGAAAACUUCGUACCUUCUACGAGAAGCGUAUGGCCACAGAAGUUGCUGCUGACGCUCUGGGUGAAGAAUGGAAGGGUUAUGUGGUCCGAAUCAGUGGCGGGAACGAUAAGCAGGGUUUCCCCAUGAAGCAGUGUGUCUUGACCCAUGGCCGAGUUAGCCUGCUACUGAGUAAGGGGCAUUCCUGUUACAGACCAAGGAGGACUGGAGAGAGAAAGCGCAAAUCUGUACGGGGUUGCAUUGUGGAUGCCAAUCUGAGUGUUGUCAACUUGGUCAUCGUGAAAAAAAGAGAGAAGGAUAUUCCUGGACUCACUGAUACUACAGUGCCUCGUCGCCUGGGUCCCAAAAGAGCUAGCAGAAUCCGCAAACUUUUCAAUCUCUCUAAAGAAGAUGACGUCCGCCAGUAUGUUGUGCGAAAGCCCCUAAACAAAGAAGGUAAGAAACCUAGGACUAAAGCACCCAAGAUUCAGCGUCUCGUGACUCCACGAGUUCUGCAACACAAAUGCCGGCGUAUUGCUCUGAAGAAACAGCGUACUAAGAAAAACAAAGAAGAGACUGCAGAAUAUGCUAAACUUUUGGCCAAGAGAAUGAAGGAGGCCAAAGAAAAACGGCAGGAACAGAUUGCCAAGAGAAGGAGGCUGUCCUCUCUGAGAGCUUCUACUUCUGAGUCCAGUCAAAAAUGAGAUGUUCUAAGAGUAACAAAUAAAUAAGAUCAGACAU